UGAUGUAUUUGAGAUCAUUCAAAUAGUUUGUAAUAGUUUUUUUUUGUAAAAAAAUGUUACGAUCAUCAUUUUUUGUUGUUGUCAUUGUCAUUUCAAUAGCCAUCACAUUGGCAUCAGUGGAAGAAGAAUCAUGGAAACCAGUUUAUAUUCAACCAGAACAAUUACAUAUUUCAUUGGGUGAACAACCAACGGAAAUAGUUGCAACAUGGACAACAAUGGAAAAAACAAAUCAUUCAAUAUGUCAUUAUGGUGAAGAAUCAAAAGCAACAUUUGAUUAUUCGGCCAAUGGACAACAAUCAUUGUUCAUUGAUGGUGGUGUACGAAAACGUCAUAUGUACAUACAUCGUGUGUAUAUGAAACAAUUGAAACCGAAUACCCGUUAUAUUUAUCAUUGUGGUUCCGAAGCCGGUUGGUCGGAUAUGUUUUUCUUUAAAACAUUUCCAUCUGGUAAUGAUUGGCAGCCACGUUUUGUUAUUUAUGGUGAUCUUGGUAAUGAUAAUGCACAAACAAUGGCAAUGUUACAGGAAGAGAUUCAAACUGGCCAUCAUGAUCUUGUAACACAUGUUGGUGAUUUUGCAUACGAUAUGCAUACAGAUAAUGCAUUGGUUGGUGAUGAAUUUAUGCGUCAAAUACAACCAAUUGCUGCAUAUGUUCCAUAUCAGGUUAUGGCCGGUAAUCAUGAACGUGCAUACAAUUAUUCCAAUUAUAAUCAUCGUUUUACAAUGCAUUCACAAGGUCAAAAAGAGAUAAAUAAUCAUUUCUGGAGCUAUAAUAUUGGUCCAGUUCAUUUGAUUGCCAUCAAUACAGAUUUUUGGGAACAUUUACAUUUUGGCGCACAUAUGAUACAUAAUCAAUUUAAAUGGCUAGAAGAAGAUUUGAAACAAGCAAAUGAACCUGAAAAUAGAAAAAAACAACCAUGGAUUAUAACGAUGGGUCAUCAUCCAUUAUAUUAUCAGGCUAGAGUACCGGAUAAUAAAAUUCGUAUCGGUACUGAUAAAUUACCUGGUCUGGAACCAUUACUUUAUAAAUAUGGUGUUGAUCUUUCAUUUUGGGCACAUGAUCAUAUCUAUACAAGAUUUUUACCGGUUUAUAAUGAAAAAAUUUUCAACGGUACACGACAAGAUCCAUAUUAUAAUCCAAAAUCACCGGUACAUAUUAUUACUGGAUCAGCCGGUUGCCGUGAAUUUGUUACACCAGUUCGACCGAAUCCUCAUCCAUAUACAGCAUAUGUAUCCAAUGAUUAUGGAUACACUUAUAUGACUGUUAUGAAUAAUACACAUAUUCAAUUGAAACAGGUUAGCCGUAAUCAAAAUGGUAAAGUUAUCGAUGAAAUUACAUUGGUCAAAGAACAACAUGGACCAGAAGCAUGGUAUUAAUGAAAUUGUCCUAUCAAUGAUAAAAAUAGAUUUUUUAAUUUAAUUUAAUUUCAAUUAAAAUUUUUAAAUUGAAAAAA